AUGGAUCCUUCUGUGUAUGGUGCUGCUUUUUGUGCGAAAAGGGGGUUCUCCCAUCAACAAGAUGACGCGGAUUUGGCCGCAGACAUUGAAGGUACACCUCGAAGGAUGUUUAACAUGGCUAAACGACGACAGUUAGUUCGGAGUAACCGUUCGGCUGACUACCGCAAUGUCGAUUCGCCUGGAGAAACACUGGACCUGAUUUCCGGGCAUGUGAACCGCUACCAGUCUACCAGCAUGGACGCCUUGCCUAAUUUGCUACAACGUCGCAACUGUGGGUCCGGCAACGACUGCAGCCCGCCCAGGCCUUGCCCGGACGGGUUGUCCGAUUACCGUCAGCUAGCCCAGUCUCAGUUUCGUCGUCUCUACUAUGAUCUGAGUCGAGGUAUUGGUAUUCGUGACGAAGGUCUAAGUUACCUUUUCAAGAGCGGUGUGAACGACAUCAGCACGUCUACGUAUGGCAUGUACGGAGAGAUCCGCCCAUCGUGUCUUCACAAGAUCUGUGCAGAAAUGCAGCGUUUCGGUUUGGAUAAUCGCAGUGUGAUUUUGGAUCUCGGGAGUGGGCGCGGUGCGCCUAACUUUUUGUUCUCUCACCGUGUCCAGGUCUUUGCUUCCAUUGGUAUCGAGCUGUGCCCAGUGGGCUAUGCGUCAUCUGUUCACAAUCUUGUGCACUACCUAAAGGUGGACGUAUCUCGCCUUAUUUGCGAGGUCACCGGUUUUGGUCAGAACUUAGACAUCAGGCCUUUCACUCCCGUUGGAGAGAAAGAGUGCCCGGUAGGAAUAUGCGAUACGGAUACGUCGUUGAAAACGCCAGUGACAAAACGAUUAUCUAUGCUAAAUGGUUAUAGUUGUAACUCCAGCCCCGCAUCAAAACAGACUACACAAUCUGACAGCGUCACUACGCAGUACCAGAGCUACUCAAUGUACGCGGAUGAUACGUGCGCAACUCCGGUGGCUUUAACUUCCUCAAGGAGCAACAGUGAUGACGGGUGUGAAUAUUAUCGUGCACUUCAUCGCUUUUCCACGCUUCCGUCGACUUUGGGUGUGGGUUUUUGCAACGAGGACAUUGCAGCGUUUGACAACUUCAACGGCGCUUCUCACGUAUAUUCGUUUGACGUAGCUAUGGAGAAAGCACUUGUAAACAACAUGGUACGGCAGUUUAUAAACACACGUACGGCAUGGCUUUUUGCUUCGUUUAACGGCGAUUUGAUUGAACAUUACGAGUUGAGCAACUGUUUUUUGGCAUCACGUGUGCCGUGUCAAAUGUACAAGAGCGGUGAGCGGCGAUGUUGUUACAUCUACGUGAAGCGUGAUUGGCAGCUUAUAAAGCGCGAACACGAUGCCCAGAUAGAAGAGCUGUUUGGACUGUCGACUUCUGUAAUUCCUGCUCACGUCGAAGCUAUGCCUGCCAUUCCUGUCCAUUUGGCACACCCAUCUGAUGCAUUAGGGUUGAACCUUUGCACAGCGGGUUGCAGAUUUACAAUGCCGAUCCCUCCGAUUUACAGAAAGCCGGCACAAUUCCACAUAGCUGCUGCUCCACGAACCACAAAAAGCGUACUCCUGUCCCGGUUUAACGAGCCUGUUGACGUUCUCGAACUCGUUAAACUGACAAAAAUGCCGCUCGAGGUUCAGUUGGGCUGGUAUUUGUUAAAAAUAUCGCGCCCUGAUGUCGUGUUAACUCGCUCCAAGCGCAUUAACAGUCUGGACAAUAUGCGUCGAAGCCUUUGUGAGGAUCGCAGCAAGCUGUUGGAGAUCAUUGCGACUUCCCCCGAGCCUACAAUUGCGAUGAAAUAUGUAGGCAAUCUUCAGCGUCACAUACGGCAACAAUACAUGCCCGUACGUUGCUUCCCUACCCCUACGACAUGGGAGGACUCCGCAUAA